GGAUAACAGAUCUUUGUUACAUGCUGAUAGUCAGUGCAAAGGAGACGUGCAAGAAGUUCUUCUAUUGCUACCACACUGGUGUAGAAUUGAUAUUCUUCGAUUGCUACCACACAGUGCUGUAGAAUUUUCCUAGAAAAUAUAUUGAAAGGGAAGUCAGUGGAAAGGAGAUUUCGACUCACCAGUCGCUGGGCCACAGGUCUGCCACUGCCUGUUUUGGAUGGCCAUAAGAUUAUUGAUGGGCUGCUUAAACGCUGCUUAUGAGUAAUGGGUAACAUGAAAAUUUCAACCAGAAGGUGGUCUGCUAAUCUCGUUUUCUUGCUUAUUUCUUCAGGUUUUCACUGGCAAUUUGUCGAUGCCUUUACAGAUACAAUCUUACAAGGUCAAUCACUCACAACCUCUCAGACCAUCAUAUCUGCUGGUGGUAACUUUGAAUUAGGAUUCUUUUCUCCUGGAAAGUCCACAAAAUAUUAUGUGGGGAUAUGGUACAAGAAAUUCUCAGAGCAAACCAUUGUGUGGGUAGCUAACCGAGAUUAUUCGUUCACAAAUCCAUCCGUGGUUCUUACUGUCAACACAGAUGGCAACCUCGAGAUUUUGGAGGGGAAGAUUUCGUACAAGGUGACAAGCAUAUCAUCAAACAGCAACACUAGUGCAACCCUGUUGGAUUCUGGAAAUCUUGUUUUGAAAAAUAAGAAGUCAGAUGUCUUAUGGGAGAGCUUUGACUAUCCAUCGCACACUUACCUGCCGGGGAUGAAGCUUGGGUACGACAAAAGGGCUGGAAAAACAUGGUCAUUGAUGUCAUGGAAGAGCGCAGAAGAUCCCAGUCCAGGAGAUUUCUCCCUGCAGGUCGACCCUAAUGGAACUAGCCAGAUUUUUGGCCUGCAAGGACCCAACAAGUAUUGGACUACUGGGGUGUGGGAUGGGCAGAUUUUCAGCCAGGUUCCAGAGAUGCGUUUCUUCUACUUGUGUAAGUGCAAUAUAUCCUUUAAUGAGAAUGAAAGCUAUUUGACUUACUCUCUUCAUAAUCCCUCCAUUCUGAGCAGACUGGUGCUAGAUGUGUCAGGCCAGAUUAGGUCUCUGAAUUGGCAUGAAGGCACACAUGAAUGGGAUUUAUUUUGGCUUCACCCAAAAACACAGUGUGAGGUUUAUGAUUACUGUGGGCCUUUCGGAAUCUGCACUGGGGAUUCUGUUGAAUUUUGUGAAUGCUUGCCAGGUUUUGAACCUCGCUUCCCUGAAGACUGGAAUCUGCAAGACAGAUCUGGAGGGUGUGUGAGGAAAGCAGAUUUGCAGUGUGUCAAUGAAAGCCAUGCUAAUGGGGAGCGAGACCAGUUUCUUUUGGUGUCUAACGUGAGACUGCCCAAGUAUCCCGUAACACUGCAAGCAAGGAGUGGUAUGGAGUGCGAAUCAAUUUGCCUGAAUCGCUGCUCUUGCUCUGCUUAUGCUUAUGAGGGAGAGUGUAGAAUAUGGGGUGGAGAUCUUGUAAACGUGGAGCAGCUACCAGAUGGUGACAGUAAUGCUAGAAGUUUCUAUAUCAAACUUGCUGCCUCUGAGCUAAAUAAGAGAGUUUCAAGCAGUAAGUGGAAGGUAUGGUUAAUUGUUACACUGGCCAUAUCUUUAACUUCAGUAUUUGUCAAUUAUGGGAUAUGGCGAAGGUUCCGAAGAAAAGGGGAAGAUUUGUUACUAUUUGAUUUCGGUAACAACUCAGAAGAUACCAGCGAUGAGCUUGACGAGACAAAUAGACUUUGGAGGGGCGAGAAGAGGGAAGUUGAUUUGCCCAUGUUCAGUUUUGCGAGUGUAUCUGCUUCUACAAAUAACUUCUCUAUUGAAAAUAAACUAGGAGAGGGUGGUUUUGGAUCUGUUUACAAGGGAAAGUCACAAAGAGGAUAUGAGGUAGCUGUGAAAAGGCUCUCAAAAAGAUCUAAACAGGGAUGGGAGGAGUUAAAAAAUGAAGCCAUGCUUAUAGCCAAGCUGCAACACAAGAAUCUUGUGAAAGUUUUGGGAUACUGCAUCGAGCGGGAUGAGAAGAUAUUGAUUUACGAGUAUAUGUCCAACAAAAGCUUGGAUUUCUUCCUCUUUGAUCCUACAAAAUAUGGAAUUCUGAAUUGGAAGACACGGGUUCACAUCAUUGAAGGGGUUGCUCAGGGACUUCUUUAUCUGCAUCAGUACUCCAGAUUGAGGAUUAUUCAUCGAGAUUUGAAGGCUAGCAACAUUCUUUUGGAUAAGGAUAUGAAUCCUAAAAUAUCAGAUUUUGGAAUGGCAAGAAUAUUUGGAGGCAACGAAUCAAAAGUAACAAAUCAUAUAGUUGGGACUUAUGGCUAUAUGUCCCCUGAGUAUGCUUUGGAAGGUCUAUUCUCCACUAAAUCUGAUGUCUUUAGCUUUGGGGUCUUGUUAUUGGAGAUUUUGAGUGGCAAGAAGAAUACUGGAUUUUACCAAACCGACUAUCUCAAUCUUCUUGGAUAUGCAUGGGAUCUGUGGAAAGACAGCAGGGGGCAGGAGUUGAUGGAUCCAGGGUUGGAAGAGACAUUGCCAACACACAUUCUGUUGAGGUACAUCAAUGUAGGCCUUCUUUGUGUUCAAGAAAGUGCAGAUGACAGGCCUACCAUGUCUGAUGUUGUCUCAAUGCUUGGCAAUGAAAGUGUACGUUUACCUUCUCCAAAACAACCGGCAUUUUCAAAUCUGAGAAGUGGGGUGGAACCACAUAUAUCCCAAAACAGGCCUGAAGUUUGUUCCUUAAAUGGUGUGACACUUUCAGUUAUGGAAGCACGAUAGUGGUUCAGAACUUAAUAAAUAAUAUGCUUAAAUUUCAGCAUAUUGUCUUGUAUUGUUCUUGGUGAAUUCAUAGCUCAUAUACUAAAAUAGACAAGUGACCUUAUGUGUGUAUUUUUCUUCCAAAUCAGUUUAAUAAUCAUCUUGUACUCAACCCCCCUAUGGAUUCAGACCUGUGUCUCAGCUUCCUAUCUGAAAUUGCUACUAAAUCUGACUUUAUCUGGUCAAAUUUGGAUUUAGUUUGAAAA